AUGAUCCCACCGCCAUCGAUCUCCCUCGCCCUCCGUCUCCCCGCCGUGUCCCCCUUUACCUCUUCGCCGCCCCCCAAAUUCCCUUCCUCUUCGUCCUCGUCUUCUUGCUUAUUUGGGUUGAGCCUGAGGACGGGACAUGGACCACCCGGGAGGCGUCUGGAUAAGCCGGGCGUAGCUGUGACCUGCGUCUCCUCGGGGCCGGCGAGGAAGGGACCAGGCCGGAGGAGCGACGGCGGCCUGUCGGAGGCGCAGGAGCUCGUCCGCUCUCUGCUGAGGAAGACCAGCGAGGGGAAGCAGCCUCUGGUGCCCACCCUGAACAGGUUCGUGAGCGUUUUGAGAACGGAGCAUUGCUUCCUCAUGUUCGAGGAGCUGGGCAAGAAAGACCGGUGGCUGCAGUGCCUUGAGGUUUGUCUCCUCCCCGAACCUUACUAUUUCGUCUCCCCCUCGGAUAAUACUCUUCUUGAGAAACCCCUUAUCCGAAUUGUGGCACCAUAUGGGAUUUUGAUUUUUUUUAUUGUAUUAUUUUGUGAAAAAUUAGUUGCCAUUCUUUGGUGAACGAUGUGGGGAAAACUCCAUGUCGCAAUACAAUCUCUCUCAAUGAAUAAUCGAUGAUCUCGGUCAAACUGUUGAAGCCUCUGCCUGAGACUGUGGGAAGUCCCCAAGAUGGAAUAAAUACUGAUUUUUUAUAAUUUUCUUCGAGUUUCGCCAAUUUGUGAUGAACUGUAGAACCCAUUUAUGUGAGGGAUUUGGAAUUUACCAUCAUAUGAAAAUCAGAAUCGGUAGAACAGGAAGCAAGAACAAGAUGAGAACAUCAGCAGAUUAUCAAAAAUAAUUGAUAGCAGAUUAUUCGGAUCCAGCUUCUCCCUUGAUAUUUCUUGGGCACCAUCCCUAAUCUUCACUCCGUUUAUUCUUGAACUUCUCCUUGAGGUGAUAGACUCUGGAAAAAUUAAUCUUUUUUUUCACCUUUCCCCAAGAACUACACCCUUUUAGAAUUUGGCAUUACAUCAGGAGAACCUUGGGAUAUCUGAUCUCGAAACUGGAGGAGAGAGGGGAAGAAGAAGAAGAACGCCAUGCAAGUUCCUUCCUUCCUUUCAGAUUUUUGGCUGGGUUUGGGCUGGGCAGGUGUUCAGGUGGAUGCAGAAGCAACGGUGGUAUGUGGCGGACAACGGGAUCUACUCGAAGCUGAUAUCGGUAAUGGGGAAGCGGGGGCAGACGAGAACGGCGAUGUGGCUCUUCUCGGAGAUGAGGAACAGCGGCUGCCGGCCGGACACCUCCGUUUACAACGCCCUCAUCGCCGCCCACCUACGGCAGCGGGACCGGGCCAAGGCCCUAGCCAAGGCCUGGGGCUACUUUGAGAAGAUGAAGGCCAUGGAGCGGUGCCAGCCGAACGUCGUCACCUACAACAUCCUCCUGCGGGCGUACGCGCAGGCCGGGGACACCCAGCGGGUGGAGGCGCUCUUCCGGGAGCUGGAUGAGGGAGGCGGCGCCGUCGCCGCCGACGGGUACACCUUCAACGGGGUGAUGGAUGCGUACGGGAAGAGCGGAAUGCUGAGGGAGAUGGAGGCGGUGCUCCGGCGGAUGAAGAGCAGCCGGUGCCGCCCAGACGCCAUCACGUUCAACCUCCUCAUCGACGCGUACGGCAAGAACCAGGCGUUCGACAAGAUGGAGCAGGUGUUCCGGAGCCUGCUGCGGUCCAAGGAGAGGCCCACCCUCCCUACCUUCAACUCCAUGAUCCUCAACUACGGGCGGGCCCGGCAGAGGGAGAAGGCGGAGGAGAUCUUCACCAAGAUGGGCGAGCUCGGGUACAAGCCCAGCGCCGUCACCUACGAGAGCCUGAUCGCCGCCUACGGCUUCUGCGACUCCGUCGCGCGGGCCCGGCAACUGUUCGACGAAAUACUCGAGUCGGGGGCCAGCAUCGAGGUGUCAACCCUGAACGCCAUGCUCGACGCGUACUGCACCAACGGGCUCCCCGGCGAGGCGGACCAACUCCUGGACCACGCCGCCCGGCGAGGCCUCCUCCCCAACGCCUCCACGUACAAGCUGCUCUACAGGGCCUUCGCCAGGGCCAGCAGGAAGGACCUCAUACUUAAGCUUCUGAGGAUAAUGGACCAAGCAGGGGUCGUCCCUAACAAAAAUUUCUUCUUGGAGGCCUUGGGAGACUUCAGCUCCUCCCCCUCCUCUCCUUCGCCUCUGCCUCCCCAUCCUGGAGGAACAAGGCUGGUGGCAUCUACUGCUGCGGAUCGCGGCGAUGAGAGCCCUUCUCGAGUCCGUGAGGAUUGA